GGAAUUGGAAAUUGUUAGUGGGGCAAAACGUCUUGGAAGGGACUUGGAAUUGUUAGUGGAAAAUAACUAAUAUGUACUGGAAGUUCUUAUAAGUAUCAUUUUCAUGUACUCACACAUGUCAACAAGCCCACACUCGACAAAUCUAAGUUGUGCUCUCAUGGAGAAAUAUCAAUUUCUCAGCAUUUUGUUAGCUUUCUCAGUUCAUUUUUUGACACUUCCCUUCGUUCAUGCACAAGUAACCGACAUUUUCACGGACAAACAAGCUCUUCUUGCCCUGAAAGCUCGUAUAAGCCAUGAUCCAAGCAAUUUGUUGGCACGCAAUUGGUCCACAAGUUCCUCUGUUUGUCACUGGAUGGGCAUAACUUGUGGUGCUCGUCACCUUCGAGUAACAGGUUUGAAUAUAUCAAACUUGGGUCUCACUGCCACCCUUCCUCCUCAACUGGGAAAUCUAUCUUUCCUUGCUAGUCUAGACAUCAGACACAACAGCUUUUAUGGCUCUCUCCCGGAGGAAUACGCUCAGUUACAUCGACUGGAAUACCUUCUUUUGAGUUUUAAUAGCUUAUCGGGCGAACUCCCAUCUAGUAUUUUUGAUAAUCUUCCCAAUUUGCUGUUGCUUUAUUUGCAUUCUAACAUGUUCAAGGGAAAAAUUCCAUCGACCUUAUCAAGAUGCAGAAGCUUACAAAAAUUAUCCUUGUCACUCAAUAAUUUCACAGGAGUCAUUCCGAAAGAAAUGGGAAACUUGACCCAACUUAGAGAGAUCUAUCUUGCAUACAACAAACUACAAGGAGCCAUUCCGAAAGAAAUUGGAAACUUGACUCAAGUUAGAGAGAUCUAUCUUGGAUACAAUGAACUACAGGGAGAAAUUCCAAUAGAACUUGGCAAUCUUGCGAAACUAGAGAUAUUAUCACUGCCAAAUGGUAGUUUAACAGGAGCCAUUCCGAAAGAAAUUGGAAACUUGACUCAAGUUAAAGAGAUCUAUCUUGGAUACAACAAACUACAAGCAGAAAUUCCAAUAGAGCUUGGCAAUCUUGCGAAACUGGAGAUAUUAUCACUGCUAAAUGGUAACUUCACAGGAGCCAUUCCGAAAGAAAUUGGAAACUUGACUCAACUUAGAGAGAUCUAUCUUGGAUACAAUGAACUACAAGGAGAAAUUCCAAUAGAACUUGGCAAUCUUGCGAAACUGGAGAUAUUAUCACUGCCAAAUGGUAGUUUAACAGGAGCCAUUCCGAAAGGAAUUGGAAACUUGACUCAACUUAGAGAGAUCUAUCUUGGAUACAACGAACUACAAGGAGAAAUUCCAAUAGAGCUUGGCAAUCUUGCGAAACUGGAGAUAUUAUCACUGCCAAAUGGUAACUUAACAGGAGCCAUUCCGAAAGAAAUUGGAAACUUGACUCAACUUAGAGAGAUCUAUCUUGGAUACAACAAACUACAAGGAGAAAUUCCAAUAGAGCUUGGAAAUCUUGCGAAACUGGAGAUAUUAUCACUGCCAAAUGGUAACUUAACAGGAGCCAUUCCGAAAGAAAUUGGAAACUUGACUCAAGUUAAAGAGAUCUAUCUUGGAUACAACAAACUACAAGCAGAAAUUCCAAUAGAGCUUGGCAAUCUUGCGAAACUGGAGAUAUUAUCACUGCUAAAUGGUAACUUCACAGGAGCCAUUCCGAAAGAAAUUGGAAACUUGACUCAACUUAAAGAGAUCUAUCUUGGAUACAAUGAACUACAAGGAGAAAUUCCAAUAGAACUUGGCAAUCUUGCGAAACUGGAGAUAUUAUCACUGCCAAAUGGUAGUUUAACAGGGGCCAUUCCGAAAGGAAUUGGAAACUUGACUCAACUUAUAGAGAUCUAUCUUGGAUACAACGAACUACAAGGAGAAAUUCCAAUAGAGCUUGGCAAUCUUGCGAAACUGGAGAUAUUAUCACUGCCAAAUGGUAACUUAACAGGAGCCAUUCCGAAAGAAAUUGGAAACUUGACUCAACUUAGAGAGAUCUAUCUUGGAUACAACAAACUACAAGGAGAAAUUCCAAUAGAGCUUGGCAAUCUUGCGAAAUUGGUGAUAUUAUCACUGCCAAAUGGUAACUUAACAGGAGCCAUUCUGAAAGAAAUUGGAAACUUGACUCAAGUUAGAGAGAUCUAUCUUGGAUACAACAAACUACAAGGAGAAAUUCCAAUAGAGCUUGGCAAUCUUGUGAAAUUGGAGAUAUUAUCAUUGCCAAAUGGUAACUUAAUAGGAGCCAUUCCGAAAGAAAUUGGAAACUUGACUCAACUUAGAGAGAUCUAUCUUGGAUACAACAAACUACAAGGAGAAAUUCCAAGAGAGCUUGGCAAUCUUGCGAAACUGGAGACAUUAUCACUACAAAAUUGUAACUUAGCGGGUGAGAUACUGUCUGUGUUAAACUAGAAGUGUAGUUGAGUCUCCUUGAAACCCAUUUCUACUGAUGUUCCGAAGCCCAGCUAGAAGUAAGCAAGAGUUGUCGAGGUGUAGCAGUAGAAAAGCUGCAGCCCAUAUUAACUUUUAACAAAUGCGGGAAGAGAAUAAAGCUUGACAGGACCCAUCCCGACCAACUAAUCCUAUAACCUCUGAGAAUACCGUUAUACGCUUAGAAGGGCGAAAUGCAUCCUGUAUUUCUGUUUGAAAAACUUUUCUACACCAUAUCCUAACACGUAAAAUAAUAUCAUCUAUAGGUCUCCGACCUUUAUAUGAGUAGAUGUCAAAAUACAUCCUAAUUAAAGCCAAGAAAUCAUAAAAUAAACCUGUAAUCAGGCCUCCGACCUUAUCAUAUACAUGACAAAAAUAAUUUACAUCUUUACUCAUUUCAAAAGUCAUUAGAAUAUUGUAAUUAGGGCUCUGGCCUUUCAACAUUUCACAAGUUUAUAAAAAAAAAAACAACAAAAAGUCUAUAUCUAACACUAAAUAUGCUACACCAUGGCACAACCCAUCGAAACACUAUCCAACACGAUUUGGAGGAUGUCCUGGAGGGAGGGAAACAUUUAUAAGGGUGAGCUAAAAGCUCAGUGAGUAGGAAAUUUAAAUCCUUGAGAAUAUUUAUGCAUGUCAAACAAUAAUAUUAUGCCAUAAUAUUAGCCACACACCAUGCUAAUUAUGCUUAAACCACAUGCUUCUCAUGUACAUUAACUUGAAACGUUCAUCACAUAAUAUCAUCACACAAGUUGAUUUUCACAAGAAUGAAAUUUACAAUACUACCUUUAUCUCAUAGGAGCAAAUCAAACAUUCAUGAAUUUCCACUUCCAACUCAAUAGCAAUACUAUCUUUAUCUUAUAGGUUUCCUUACAUAUCAAGAUUCAAAAAUAUUGAUCCAUAGGUAUCCCACCAUUUAUAUAUAAAGAUAUACAUCAAAAUAUCAUAUAAAAGGGAAAUCUGUCAUACCCAAGGGGUGUCCCCACCUAGGCAGAGCAAAAGAAAAACAACUGUCAUACCCAGUAUACUAAAAUCUCACGGGCAGAGCAUUUGA